GUCAUUCAAACAAAAGUGACUGACUGUCUUUUUAUAUAUCUUUUAUGGUUUGUUUUUAAGGUUGACCCUUUAUUUCUUAAUAGCAACUAAUUUAUUGUAAAAUAAAUAUGCAGUGACGUCAGGAUAGGUGAGAGUUGUUUAUUUUCGAAGAAAAUCCUCUUUUGGAUCAUUCGUCUUGUUAAUUAAAGGUUAAGCAGGUAACGAGCAUGCGUACUACCAGGACAAUUGUCAAUUGUCAGUUUAAUAUACACUAAAGUUAUCGAAUGUCAGUCAUAUUUUUUGCAAAUCUUGUUAUCAAUAAAGUGAAAAUGUUACAUAUUUUAGUUGCAUAGUGCAGUUAUGAGUGUUAUUGUGAUUUGCUUGGAAAAAUACACGAUAAAUUCGAAGUAGAAUUGUUGCCAUAGUUAUUGUAUAGGUGGGAAAUUUGUAGCAAUGAAUAGUACGCUACCAGCAGUUGCAAAGCUUAUUUCUAAUCAAUCAAAACAAGCUUUAAUGAGCGAUGCUCAAAAUGUAAAAAUAACUCCUUCGGAGCCAAUUUUCUUGGAAACCAGUCUUGCCAAAGGGAUAGCUGGGUUCUUCGUUUGGACAGCUUUGUUUUUAACGUGUCAGCAGAUUUAUCGUCAUCUUCGAUGGUACACAAAUCCUGCUGAACAAAGAUGGAUCGUCAGGAUUCUCUUUAUAGUCCCAAUAUACGCCACUUAUUCCUGGAUAAGUCUUUUAUUCUUCAAUUCAGAAAGCUACUACGUAUAUUUUUUUACUGUUAGAGAUUGUUAUGAAGCAUUUGUUAUAUACAGCUUCCUGUCUCUCUGUUAUGAGUAUUUGGGAGGAGAGAGCAACAUCAUGUCCGAAAUAAGGGGAAAACCCAUCAGGUCGAGCUGUCUUUUUGGCACUUGCUGUUUGAUAGGGAGGAACUACACCAUCGGUUUCCUACGUUUUUGUAAACAGGCCACUCUUCAGUUCUGCAUUGUUAAGCCUAUCAUGGCUUUCGUUAUCAUAUUUUUACAGGCCUUUGGACACUACAGGGACGGUGACUGGAGUCCGAACGGUGGUUAUUUAUACGUGAUAAUUAUCAAUAAUAUAUCCGUCUCUCUUGCCCUUUACGGCCUGUUCCUGUUCUAUUUCGCCACGCGUGACCUUCUGACCCCCUUCGAUCCGGUACUUAAAUUCUGCACCGUCAAAACUGUAAUUUUCGUCUCGUUUUGGCAAGGGGUCGGUCUGGCAAUCCUGGAGAAAGCGGAGGUGAUCUCGCCCAUCAUAGACAGUAGUAAUGGUAUGAAAACGUCCACCGGUACCGUUUCGGCCGGCUAUCAGAACUUCCUCAUUUGUAUCGAAAUGUUUUUCGCUGCCGUCGCCCUCCGAUACGCCUUCCCUCAUCGGGUGUACACUCAGGAAUGCGUCACCAACUCGACAGGCAGGUCCGUCACCAUGCAGAGCAUCUCCAGCAGCCUGAAGGAAACCAUGAAUCCUCGGGAUAUCAUGACCGACGCCAUACACAAUUUCCAUCCGCAGUAUCAACAGUAUACCCAGUAUACCUCAGAAGUUACAUCAAAACUGCCUUACGAGAAGCUCUGAGGGCGUUAGUUGUGCGUCUUUGCAACGCGUCUAUUUCUUUUGCUCUGGGUCGUGUCUUUCAAACAAGUACACACAAACAAAAGAUUAGAUACCCUUAUAUUCUUGCUCGAUGUACCUUCAUUUGUUUUAUUUAACAAACAAACGUGUCUCAAACUUUGGCGACUAUUGCCAUUUACUCCUAUUAGUGACAAAAAAAUGUGUAUAAUUUGAUCAUACGUAUAAUUGUUUAAAGUAUUUUUGUAUUACAAUGUACAACGUAAAUAUACAUUAGCGUUUAAUACACAAAAACUGGGAAAAUCGGUAGAUAUACAGUGACAAAGACAAACAAACGAACAAAAAAGACUCGUCUCAAUAAGUUGUAACUUUUUCCUAUUUGCGGCUUUAUUGGCUCAUAAAAGUUUCGAUUCGGUUUUUGUUUUAUUUGCGGUAAUUGCUUCUUGAUAUUCUAGUCGCCUCAGAAAAUUGAACGUACAAUAAAAAACAAGAGUAGGGUGCAAAACAAAUGCUAAUACUGUUAUUGGAUAUUAAGUCGAUGUUUAAUUUCCAGUUUAUUUUACAUAAAUAACAAGCAUUUAAUUAAUUUACCUGUAGCGGUUGUAUAUGUAAAUAUCUAAUUUAAGUCAUUGUAUUAUUUUUUUUUUAUUUUUUAAAUAAUGUAGUUCGAUUCCUGGUACGGGGAUUAUCUGUUGUGUAUUAUGUUUCUAUAAAGUUUAGUUUAUCAAGUUAUUAGUCGAUUAAAAAACAGUAUUGGGACUUAAUUUAUUUUUUAAAAUAAAACGACUAAGCUCAUAUAAGAACAAGCGUUGAAAUGGUGACGUUAUUAUGAAACCUAAAAGAAAAAAGUGUAAUACAUAAUUGUAUCCAAAUUGUUUCAUGUUAUGUAUAUAUUCUAAGUAUUAAUAUAGAUGAAUCGUUGGGGAAUCCCUAAA